GCUCUCAUCGAUCAGUAGUGAAAUAGACCCCAAGGCGACAAGAUGGUAAAAUUGACUUUGUACGGUUUGGAUGCCAGUCCGCCAGUUCGUGCCGUAAAACUCACUUUGGCCGCUCUAAACCUGCCCUACGAAUAUGUAAACGUUAACAUUGUGGCUCGUGAGCAACUAUCAUCGGCCUACCUGGAGAAGAACCCGCAGCACACGGUGCCCACACUGGAGGAUGAUGGUCACUUCAUCUGGGACUCGCACGCAAUCAUUGCGUAUCUGGUGUCCAAGUACGCGGAUACUGAUUCCCUGUACCCCAAAGAUCUCCUCCAGCGAGCUGUGGUGGAUCAGCGGAUGCACUUUGAAUCCGGUGUGGUCUUUGUCAAUGGAAUCAGAAGCAUUAUCAAGCCCGUGCUCUUUUUGGGACAGAGUAAAAUUCCCAAAGAACGUUACGAUGCCAUCGUCGAGAUCUAUGACUUUGUUGAGACUUUCCUCAAGGAACAGGAUUACAUCGCUGGCAAUCAGAUGACCAUUGCUGAUUUCAGCCUCGUCUCAUCAGUGGCGUCUCUGGAGGCUUUUGGGGACUUGGAUGUGGUCAAGUAUCCGAGGAUCAGCGGCUGGAUUAAAAGGCUGGAACAGCUGCCCUACUACGAGGAAGCCAACGGAAAGGGUGCCCGACAGUUGGUGGCCAUUGUCAAGCAGACCAAUUUCACCUUCGAAACCUGAUAUGUACACUAUGUAAUUUGAAAACUUUAAAAUAAAUGAUGGGUUAUUAAACUAAA